AUGCCUGAGCCAGUCGGAAUCGCUAACUUGCCCAACCAAAGGUACAAAAUCGUGUCCAAUCAAGGUGCCACCUUCACGUUGAUGGUGGCUGGUGAGUCCGGUUUGGGUAAGACCACGUUUGUCAACACGUUGUUCCAGUCGGCGUUGAAACAGCACGACGACGCUAAUGAGAGACACAACAAGUUCACCAACGCCCACCAGACUGUAGAUAUCUCCAUCGUGCGUGCUAUCUUGGAGGAGAAAAACUUCAAGAUCCGUUUGAACAUUAUCGAUACCCCCGGGUUCGGCAACAACGUCAGCAACCAGGACCUGUGGACGCCAAUCAUCGACUUUAUUGACGACCAACACGAGGCUUACAUGAAGCAGGAGAAACAACCUUCUAGAGGUGACAAAAAGGACUUGCGUGUUCAUGCGUGUCUUUACUUUAUUCGUCCUACUGGUCAUUCGUUGAAACCAUUGGACAUUGAGAUCAUGAAACGGUUAUCCACUAGAGUCAACUUGAUCCCUGUGAUCGCCAAGGCUGACACGUUGUCGCCAGCAGAGAUGGAGACGUUCAAGAGCAGAAUCAGAGACGUGAUCGAGGCCCAAGACAUAAAUAUAUAUACACCCCCUAUGGAUCUCGAUGAUCCCGCCAGUGCUGAGCACUCCAAGCAGCUCAUCGAGUCCAUGCCAUUUGCGGUGAUUGGCUCCGAGGAAGAGGUAGAGAUUUCGCCUGGCAAUUUCGUCAGGGGCAGAAAGUAUCCAUGGGGUGUGGUUGAGGUGGAGAACGAGAGACACUGCGACUUCAAGAAGUUGCGGUCGCUCUUGUUGCGCACAAACAUGUUGGACUUGACUUUGCUGACCAACGAGAUCCACUUUGAGACAUUCAGAUCGUUGAAAUUGGGCAACUUGGGCUCGGAGAAGGGAGACGAUGAUCUGUCCAUCAAGAAGCCUAGAAGAUUGCACAACCCCAAGUUCAAGGAAGAGGAAGAUGCAUUGAAGAAGUUCUUUACUGAGCAAGUGAAGGCUGAGGAACAAAGAUUCAGACAGUGGGAGACCAAUAUUGUCACGGAGAGAAACAGAUUGAAUCAAGACUUGGAGGAGAUGCAAGCCAAGUUGAAGACCUUAGAGGAGCAGGUGAAGAAAUUGCAAUUGUAUAAGAAGUAG